UCCCACACGCAUGCCCCGACCCCUCCUCAUGCAUAUGGAUAGCCCGGCAGCAGUGAGGGAUUCCUUCUUUGGCUCCUUUCCCUUGUUCUCUCCCUCUUUGCGCCCCGACCCCAAUGAAUGAGUCGGCGUAGGCGUCUGUAAGGGGAUCCCCAAGUCGGAGGAGCUGAAUGAGGAGCACAAUGAGGGGUAAAUGAGCUCACACGUAUCACUAACGUAACCAGCUGCCAUUUCCACUCUGCUGCUGCGGCUCAGCCCUCCAUUUUCUGCCUAAAUCUUCUUUGCUCCUCGGGCUCUCCCCUCGCUUCAUGUGGAUUAUCCCGCGGUUAAUCUCGGCUGCAGUUUCCCGAGCGCUCACAACAGCCGCCGCCCGCUUCUUAUGUUUCAUUGACAGCUCAGCGUUUGUCGCCGACCCCCAGGGAUGAGAAUCUGCAAGAUGUUCCGGGUCGCCAGUGUCUUGGGACUGGUCAUGCUGAGUGUGGCCCUGCUCAUUCUGUCCCUCAUUAGCUACGUGUCCCUGAAGAAAGAGAACAUCUUCACCACCCCCAAAUAUGCCAGUGCCGGGGGGCCCCGUAUGUACAUGUUCCACGCGGGAUUCCGGUCUCAGUUUGCGAUGAAGUUCUUAGACCCUUCGUUUGUACCAAUUACUAAUUCCCUGACCCAAGAGUUGCAAGAGAAGCCUCCCAAGUGGGUAUUUAACAAGACGGCCUUUGCACGGCAGAGGCGAGAGAUUCUCCAGAAUGUUGAUGUCAUCCGAAACUUCUCUUUGACAAAGAACGGUGUAAGGACAGGACAAUUGAUGCACUACGAUUACUCCAGUCAUAAAUAUGUCUUCUCUAUCAGCAAUAACUUCAGAUCUCUGCUCCCCGACGCCUCUCCCAUCAUGAAUAAACAUUACAACAUCUGCGCCGUCAUUGGGAACAGCGGCAUCCUCACGGAGAGCCAUUGUGGGGCCGAAAUCGACAAGGCCGAUUUUGUCUUUCGUUGCAACUUUGCCCCAACCGAGGGGUUCCAGAAAGAUGUUGGAAGGAAGACCAACCUUACAACCUUCAAUCCAAGCAUCCUUGAGAAGUAUUACAACAAUCUAUUGACUAUACAAGAUCGGAACAACUUCUUUUUGAGUUUGAAGAAACUCGAUGGGGCCAUUCUUUGGAUUCCAGCGUUCUUCUUCCAUACAUCUGCAACCGUCACUAGGACAUUGGUUGACUUCUUUGUUGAGCACAGAGACCAGCUAAAAGUUCAGUUAGCUUGGCCAGGAAACAUCAUGCAGCAUGUCAACAGGUACUGGAAGAACAAGCACUUAUCCCCUAAACGUUUGAGCACUGGUAUCCUAAUGUACACCCUCGCCUCUUCAGUCUGCGAAGAAAUCCACUUGUAUGGCUUUUGGCCCUUUGGAUGGGAUCCCAACACAGGCAAAGACCUUCCGUACCAUUAUUAUGACAAAAAGGGAACCAAAUUUACCACCAAAUGGCAGGAAUCCCACCAGCUUCCUGCAGAGUUUAAAUUGCUGUACAAAAUGCACAGGGAAGGACUUACUAAGUUGACUUUAUCACAAUGUGCCUAAAGAACAAAGAAAAAAAAUGUGCCAAUUAAUAAAAGUGCCCAAGAUGUAAAUUUAAUAUUCAUCAGGGGAGGGGGGAAAUAGGAACACAAUGUAUUUAAUGACGUAGAAUGUAGAUUCUCUCAUUUGUCUUUGUAAUAUUUGCUGGGUUGUUUAGUUAGUGUGUAGCAAUGUAAAGCUGAUGAACAUUCACUAAACGACAUAUUUACUCUUGGGAUACAGUUUGCACCGUAUAUUUGCUUCUAUGUACGUAUCGCCUCCAGAUACUGUGAAAAGAAUUAGUGAUGGGCGAAUUUAUUCGACAGGCGCGAAUUCCCGCGAUUCACUGCCGGCGAAUAAAUUCACAAAACCGCCGCCAAAAUUCAACAGCUUCAAA